CACAUAAACAUAGAAGUGCAGAAGCCUCAAGUUGCGAUCGGUGUGUCUCUUUCUUAUGCGGUAAAUAUCAUGGCUAAAAACAAAAUCCUCACCCUUGUUUUGGUACACAAUUCCAAGAAAGUGUUACUUGGCAUGAAGAAACGUGGAUUCGGAGUUGGACGAUGGAAUGGUUUUGGCGGGAAAGUGGAGCCGAAUGAAACCAUUGAGGAAGGCGCCAGAAGAGAGCUUGAAGAGGAAUGUUGCUUGAAAGCUAAAAGCCUCACUGAAGCUGGAAUAUUAUUAUUUGAGUUUGUUGGAGAUCCAGUAAUAUUGGAAGUUCAUGUUUUUAGAACAGAAGAAUUUGAAGGACACCCAACCGAGACAGAAGAGAUGUAUCCUAAGUGGUUUGAGCAUGACCAAAUWCCAUUCAACGACAUGUGGCCUGAUGAUGUUUUUUGGCUGCCAAGUCUUCUUCAGAAGAAAACAUUUCAUGGUUAUUUCAAGUUUGAAGGGCAUUCAAAAAUCUUAGAGUCGAAAUUAGAUGUCAAAGAUAGUUAAWGAUAUGUUUUAAAAGAAUAAUUUAGUGUUUUAUGAUGUAAGAAAUAAAUMUGUUGUUGUUUUCACUUAGCAUUACAUCACUUAUAUGGACGAAAUAAUAAUGAUAUUUACAGACUUAAAAACACUUGAUAUGUUAUGAUUUWAUGAUGAUUUUCUUGCAUCAAUGUUGCUGAAAAUCUGUCAGAAAUCCUUGUUGAGCAAAAACCAUCAUAAAAAAUGUAUAUCUUGGCAAAUUGAAUCCUUCUUAUAUUAUUUUGUUCAGAGUGACUACAUUAUUGAGUUGUUAAGAAAGUUUCACUUGACGAAGGUCUUGAARUUUUCUUGUGUUCUUGUUGUUCRGGAUAAGCAACAUGRAAUCCUCUCACACAUCCUUCUAAGUUGUCAAGUUUGCCACAUGACUGACACUGAAAACAAUAACAAUGUAAAUAAACAAAUAAUAAUAGAUUUAUUAAAACCAGAAUAAAUGUAAGUAGACUAUCUGAUUGUACAAGUUAUACAGGAAUGUCAUGAAUUAAAUUUUAUAAAUCUUA